AAGUGGAGAGAGGCUCCGAGAUCUAUUUGCUUGGCUUCCUGACAAGGCGGGGGGUGUCUAACUUCUUUUUUUUUCUUUUCCACUAUAAACAGGAUAUCAUUUAAGAGGGAUCAUAAGCUGAGAGCAGCCCAGCUGGGUCAAGGCUGGGAGGCGGGGACACACUCGCAAUCAGUGAAGCAAGGUGGAGGCACAAAGACAGAAGACCAGGUUAAAUGAAAGCAUGAGGUGGCUCUUAGGCAGCAGCUGGAAAAAAUUCGGACACGCUGACAGGGGAAACUACGACUGGCUAAACAGUGAACCAGGUGGGCCACUUCUGGAAACAGAGCUUCAGAGCAAACAACAGACAAGUUCAACCAAAGACGACAUAGAACCGUUUCUGUGCAUCAUAUUGCCUGCCACCAUGAUGCUCUUCCUGGCAUUCCUGCUGCUCUUCCUGUACCGCCGUUGCCAGCACCCCACUCCACAGGGACAGAUCUUCAGCAUCGACUUGCCCGAGGCACUGCCCGAGCAUGACAUGUCCAAUUUCCUUUCUGUGCUCCCCUGGAGCAGUGAACAGAGCUUCCACUACUCCACUCUGCUCCCUGAUGCCACAUUCCUCACUGUGUGUUUGCCUCCAUCCUAUGAGGAGGCCACCAUGAAGACUUCCAUGGAUGAGGCUCACAUUGAGCCCUCUCCAGACCCAGUGCCUCCGUACGAAGAGAGCAUAAUGCAAUCCAGCAGCACCAAAUAAACAGAAGCACCUUAGCUGAAGCACACAGUCCCUCAAGGUACAAACGUGGAACUGCUAUGGCCUUGAAAAUUAGCAAAACCAUUCCAAAUGAAUUAAUGAAAGUAGAAACUUGAAAUAACAGGGAAUGAGCACCUUCACCUCAUCUUUGGAUUCUCCACCUUCCAUUUAUUGCAAGCGUACACACACGCCAAAUCAGACCCAGACCAGUAACAUGGUUACUCCAGUUAACAAAGCAUAUCGUGAAGGAUUAAACUUAAGGGCAGGUGGACAUUUGUCCCUCUGCAAUCCCUCAGUUAUAAGGAAACAUGAAUUAUGCUAUAGAUUCACCAGUCACAAAAAGGGCUUUUAGCACAUACCUGUUGUGGUUUGACUUUUUCUUCCUUAUGUGUUUAUUUUUAAUUGAGUUUGUGACAAGCUGAUUUACUCAGCCUGUGUAUGUUAACAUCACAUCACUCUGCAGUGCUCUGGAAUUAUUUCAGCAGCUCUCAGGAAAACAAAUAGAUAUAUAACCUCUACAAAACUUCCAGCAGCUGUCCCAAAGGUUCAGACACACGCUGUGUAUAAAGUUUUUCAUUGGUGAGAAAAGAUAGCCAAGGACAACCAGAGAAGACCUGAUCAUCUUGGGUGAGGAAGACUCCAGCACCACCACACAGGAGCACACUUGCACUGUUGAUGUAGGCUACUUGCCAAGUUCAUGUACCACAGUUCCAGACUACUGACUUGACUUGUUUUCCGAUUUACAAGUCUACAAUAAUGAACCCUGUUACCAAUUUGGUGCAGCAUGGAAAAGAAUCAAGGGAAAUUUAAUAAAAAUAAAUACACACACUCAAAACCCUGGUCUAUGUUUCAAAACAGCAUUAUAAUCCCUUCCCCUUCAUCACUAGAGCAAAGUAAAUCCCAUUCAGGUGCAUUGGUGACAGUGGUUCAGCUUCUCAGGAUGCCUUGUACAUGAAUACUUUCAGAUGAUGUUAACUUUUAAGUCUUUCUUACAGGAUACAAUUUUCACUAUGUUGAUAGAUGCUCUUGCUAAAGAAGGUGGCUAUUACAGAUCCUGACAGCCUCAAAAAAUACGACAGCUUCUUCUUUACAGGUGUCCAUGACAUUACAUUUGUCUGUCGCUUGCCAAUGGAACAACUAUUAUGUAUUACUGCGUGCAGUCUUGAUGUAAUUCCUAAACACAAACGCCUUCCUGGUUUGCACCUUGUGAUUCCAGCAACUGUCAUGAAUUGUCAACAUCAGCCAGUCCUGCCUCAUGGA